CAAAAUUCGUUCCCAAACCAAAUAAGAAACAACCAAAUCUAAUCUUAAUAGAGAGAAGAAAAAAGAAAUCUCUCUUCUAUCUCUUUUUUGUUUUUUUCUUUUCCAAAUUACUCCAUUGUUUGUUAUUAGUCAAUGGCAGCAUCUGUUGAAAACAGGCAGUUCAGUCACCUUGAACCUGGUUUAUCAGGCGUUGGCCGUACUAAUUUCAAGCCACGGUCUGAUUCCCCGGUUCGUGGUUGCAACUUUCCAUCAUCCAACCACGAACUCCCUUUCCAAAAGAAACAAAAUCCCCCCAUUUACCUUGAUUACUCGUCUAGUGAAGAUGAGGAUGAUGAUGACGAAAAAAAUGAAUACCUUCAAAUGAUCAAAAAAGGAAAAACAGAAUUAGAACCAUCCAUUCACGACACUAGAGAUGAAGGAACCGCUGAUAAUUGGAUCGAAAGAAACUUUUCCUUGAUUCGUCUCACUGGCAAACAUCCAUUUAACUCUGAACCGCCUUUGGCUCGCCUUAUGCAUCACGGUUUUAUCACCCCGGUUCCACUCCAUUACGUUCGCAACCACGGACCGGUUCCUAAGGCCUCGUGGGCUGACUGGACCGUGGAAGUCACGGGCUUAGUGAAACGCCCAAUGAAGUUCACAAUGGACCAGUUGGUUAACGAAUUCCCAUCACGAGAAUUGCCUGUUACGCUUGUAUGCGCUGGCAAUCGAAGGAAAGAACAGAACAUGGUUAAGCAAACAAUUGGUUUCAACUGGGGUGCCGCGGCUGUUUCAACUACUGUAUGGCGCGGAAUACCCCUCCGCGCCUUGUUGAAACGGUGCGGUGUUCAGAGUAAGAAAAAAGGAGCGCUUAACAUUUGUUUCGAAGGUUCGGAUAUGUUGCCAGGAGGUGGAGGUUCAAAGUACGGUACGAGUAUUAAGAAGGAAUUUGCUAUGGAUCCGUCUAGAGAUAUUAUUGUAGCUUACAUGCAGAAUGGAGAAAUGUUGACUCCGGACCAUGGGUUUCCUGUAAGGAUGAUAAUUCCAGGAUUCAUUGGUGGAAGAAUGGUGAAAUGGUUAAAGAGGAUUGUGGUCACUACACAAGAAUCGGAGAGCUAUUAUCAUUACAAGGAUAAUAGAGUUCUCCCUCCGCACGUUGAUGCUGAACUGGCAAACUCUGAAGCAUGGUGGUACAAGCCAGAGUACAUCAUCAAUGAGCUCAACAUAAACUCUGUAAUUACGACGCCAUGCCAUGAAGAAAUUUUGCCUAUCAACGCGUGGACUACUCAGCGACCUUACACGUUGAGGGGCUAUGCUUAUUCUGGUGGAGGUAAAAAAGUAACUCGGGUAGAAGUGACCUUGGAUGGAGGAGAGACAUGGAGUGUAUGCACACUAGAUCACCCAGAGAAGCCAACAAAGUAUGGCAAGUACUGGUGUUGGUGCUUUUGGUCACUCGAGGUUGAGGUGCUCGACUUGCUCAGUGCCAAGGAAAUUGCUGUACGAGCUAUCGACGAGACCCUCAAUACUCAACCCGAGAAGCUCAUUUGGAACGUCAUGGGAAUGAUGAACAAUUGCUGGUUCCGAGUGAAGAUGAAUGUGUGCAAGCCUCACAAGGGAGAGAUUGGUAUAGUGUUUGAGCACCCAACACAACCUGGAAACCAAUCGGGUGGAUGGAUGGCGAAGGAGAGGCACUUGGAGAUAUCAGCAGAGGCUCCUCCAACACUAAAGAAGAGUAUCUCAACACCAUUCAUGAACACAGCUUCAAAGAUGUAUUCUAUGUCCGAGGUGAGGAAGCACAACUCUUCCGACUCUGCUUGGAUCAUAGUUCAUGGCCAUAUCUACGAUGCCACACGUUUCUUGAAAGACCAUCCUGGUGGUGUUGACAGCAUCCUCAUCAAUGCUGGCACUGAUUGCACUGAGGAAUUUGAUGCAAUUCAUUCUGAUAAGGCUAAGAAGCUUUUGGAGGACUUUAGGAUUGGUGAACUCAUAACUACUGGCUACACUUCUGAUUCCUCUCCGAAUAGUUCUGUCCACGGAUCCUCUUCCAUCAGUAGUUUCCUAGCACCUAUUAAGGAACUUGUUCAAGCACCAACAAGGAGUGUAGCUCUCAUUCCAAGGGAGAAAAUCCCUUGCAAACUCGUCGACAAGCAAUCCAUCUCCCCUGAUGUUAGGAAAUUCAAAUUUGCAUUACCCUCUGAGGAUCAAGUCUUAGGCUUGCCUGUUGGCAAACACAUAUUCCUCUGUGCCACAAUUGAUGACAAGCUCUGUAUGCGUGCCUACACGCCUACUAGCACAGUCGAUGAGGUGGGGUUCUUCGAGUUGGUUGUGAAAAUAUACUUCAAAGGAAUUCACCCAAAAUUCCCUAAUGGAGGACAAAUGUCACAGUAUCUUGAUUCCCUCCCAAUAGGAGCGUUUCUCGACGUGAAAGGUCCAUUAGGUCACAUUGAAUACCAAGGAAAAGGUAAUUUCUUAGUCAAUGGCAAACAAAAGUUUGCCAAGAAGUUGGCCAUGAUAGCUGGUGGUACAGGUAUAACUCCAGUGUAUCAAGUGAUGCAGGCAAUCCUUAAAGAUCCAGAAGACGACACGGAAAUGUACGUGGUGUAUGCCAAUAGAACAGAGGAUGACAUAUUACUCAAGGAGGAACUUGAUGCAUGGGCAGAGCAAAUACCAGAAAGAGUUAAAGUUUGGUAUGUUGUUCAAGAAUCAAUCAAAGAAGGAUGGAAGUACAGCACUGGCUUUGUUACAGAAGCAAUUCUGAGAGAACAUAUACCUGAACCAUCUCAUACAACACUGGCAUUGGCUUGUGGACCACCUCCUAUGAUUCAAUUUGCUAUUAAUCCAAACUUGGAGAAGAUGGGAUAUGACAUUAAGGAUUCCUUAUUGGUCUUCUAAUUUCGAUGAUGAAUGAUAAGACAACAAUAUCUCUCUGCAGUAAUAAAUUCUUUUUUGUUUUCAGUUGUACAUAUUAUUGUAUUUCGUUUAUCAACCCCAUUUUCUUUUUCAACUUUAGGUAUAAAAGUUUUCUAGCUCUUCCUACAAAGUUAAUUCUUUAGGGAAGAAAUGUUGUAUUCUCUACUAGUACAUGUAUGAUGUUAAAAGGUUGUAAUAUUAAUCAUGACAGAAUGGAUGUAUUCAUCAUGGGAUUAUAGUAACGUUAUGGACACGAGUCUUCUUGUAAGAGAUUUUUACCAAA